AUGGGUAUAACUGGCACUGUGUUCUGCAUUGGCGGUGCUCCUAAUGAAGUGCAAGCGGUAAUUGAAGAAAAGCUUGAAGACUACAAUACUGAGGAAGAAUUACAAAAUGCCGUUUUACGACAUAUGUUUAAUUUAUUUACUAAAGAAAAUACACAAGAGUUAGACAGGGCUCUACAAAAAAGCUUGACGUGGGUAGAAAAGGUGUCGCUAGCCGCACGCAUUUUAUAUGGACAAGUUAUGUAUUCAAAUGAAUAUACUAAAGAACUCAUAAAUGCGGCAUAUGCAAGAAUUGUACAAGCUCGUUGUUAUAAUGCUGAACCACGUCAACUUCAGUCUCUUUUAAUAUCAAUCCGGCCUUCAUCAACCCGUGAUCGGCAUUUUAAUAAUAACCUACAUUUUUUGCAAAACCAUUCACUACGCAAGGUAGUCGAAUAUCAGUUAGAAUCUCCUUUCGCUUAUGCUGCCUAUGACUUACGUUGCAGUGCGAUAGUUAAUCAUCACCUUGAUGAAGACAUUCUGCAAGCUUUUGAUAAAAGAAAUUUGUGCGAAUCGUACAUUACUAAUGCUGACGCAAUAAUGUCAUCUGUAGUAGAU